AUGACAACACUAUCCCCCCUAACCCGCCGCCUCUACAAACUCCCCCACCCCCCAACCCCCCCAUCUUCUUCUUCCCACACCACUCUCCCCUCCUUUCUCGCCCACGCCUCACGCACCUCCCUUCCCCCUACAAGCACAACCUACAUCGGCACCCACUACGAAUACACCAUCCAAUCUACCCUCCGCUCCUCUGCCCUCCUCCUCCACCGCACCGGCGGCCGCUCCGACGCCGGCACAGACCUCGUCGGAACCUGGCAUCUCCCCGCACACGAGCAUCCGCCGCGCGUCCUUGUGCAAUGCAAGGCGCUCAAGACGAAGCUCGGGCCCAAUAUCGUCCGUGAGCUCGAAGGCACGUUCUCGUCGGCGCCGGUGGGGUGGCGCGGGACAGGCGUCAUCGGGAUGCUGGUUAGUCCCAGGGAGGCGACGAGGGGCGUGCGGGAGGCGUUGACUAGGAGUCGGUUUCCGUUGGUUUGGUGUCUUGUUGGGUUGGAGGGGAGAGUUAGGCAGGUGCUUUGGAACGAGAGCGUCGAGGGGGUCGUCGGGGGUGGGUUGGGGAUUGGGGUUGUUUAUUGUGCGAAUGAGCAGGGGGAUAACAGGGAUGCGGAGGCGAGGGUGACGUGGGAUGGGGAAGAAGUGCCUGGCAUAGAUGAUGUGGUGGAGAGGAUGGAGGUUAUGCAGAGGAGGUGGUUUGAGUUGUGGGAUGUUGGGGAGGAGAGGUGGGAGGAGGUGCUGGGGGUCGUGGAACGGUUAUUUCCGUUUGAGAAGCCAUUGCUGUAUGCUAGGGACGGGAGGGUGAGUGGGUUGAGUGAGGAGGAGAGGGAGCUUGUGAGGAGAGAGUUGAAGAGUAGGUCUACUUCAAUAUAG